AUGGCAAAGGUCAUUUUCACAGCUUGGAAGUCCAAGUCUGAAUUACUCGACGUGCGGAACGAGUUUUAUCCCACUUCUUCCUUCGAAGGUCCUGAUUUGCGUGCUCAUGGCUGUGCAGUGGUCGAAGCCUGGAAGCUACGUGGCAAUGUGCCACAUCACGUUGAGGCCACUGCCUUGUUAACAGAUGCUAUUCUUCACGAUGAUGCGCAGAGCAAUUCCAUCUUUUCUAUUCGGGCGACUUAUUCGGCUGCUUUCUGUCGCUUCGUCACUGGUCUUGUAGACACAAAAAUCCAUGGCGUCCGCCGAACAAUGUUCCAACGCGCAAUGGACCUAGGCCUCCCAGCCUCCUUUGUGGAACUCCGCCAUGAAGCAACCCACCGCGAGCCACCAUCCCUAGUCGUCCUGCGCAAAGCAGCGCAGCGCUCUCUAGAGUGGCUCUGGGACAAUUACUGGGCUGGUAUAGCUGAUGCAAGCUAUGCGCCUGUAUUGGACCACGGUGAUGGUACGUCUGUCAAAGCUGCGCUGGAAGAAGCGCUGCAGCCUCUGCUUUCCGGUGUGGAUGUCGAUGGACAAGCCAUUUCCAAGAAGCGGAAGCGUGAUUUCGGUGUCUCGGUUGCUAUGCAGAUUAUUUCUAUUUGUAAUGUUUCUGCUGGUGCCGUGAGGGUUUUGGCUGGGGUUUUGCUUGAGAGGGGGGUUCUUGUUCCAGAGGAGAGGCAAUUUGGAGAGACUUUGAACGAUACGUUCAGAGAAUGGGACCCUGUCCUGCAAAGGGUUGCAGAGAGCCAUCCUUCAUUCUUAAGGCAUCUGGUCGAAGACAUGGUCAAUGACCUCGCCUUCAAGAGCCCAGACGAUGCAGCUGAGAGCCCCUCAUCUGAAGCCAUAUACUUGUGGCUAUCUCACAUCCUCACACAUUCGUUCUGGGAGUUCCACAGGCAAUCAUGUCCGCAGAGCUAUGUUCUACAAGCUUGCGAUGAGAGUCCGCACCACUUUACGAAAUUGUUGAGUCGACAUGUAAAGAAGCAGGUCGAUGGGACUAAGAAGUCUCACCACUCUCGAUCUGCUGCCAAGAAUCGUGUCUCGAAGACCCAAUCUACCGGCAACGGUUCAUCAAGUGCUGCCUCCCAGCUCUCGGAGAAGCUGCAGCAGCAUGGAUGGGGAUUUGUAGAGAAGUGGGAUAAUCGGUCUCUGGGCGUUGUUUCUAGUAAUUAA